AUGAGCGGCGCCAGCGCCCUUGUUGUGGAAGAUCGACCUGUCGAUGUGGAAGCUAGUCAGCCAGAGAGCAGAGGCGGGGGAGAGGAUGAAGUGAACGGAGCGCAAGAGGGGCAGAGAACUUCGCACCAGCACAAUGAAGGGGGAGGAGAAGGAGAAGGAGCAGCAGGAGCCAUGCUGCUUCGAUCGACAUCUUCCUCCGCUGCUCCCGUCCACUCGCCUGCUGCACAAGACAGCUUCAGCAUUGCGAGCCUGAUGGCAAACAUAAAACGACGAUCUUCGGCUCCUUCUGCAGGGGACGUGGUGGAUCAAGGCUCGAUGAGCGAUCACCUUGCGGUCUAUGCGCAGAGACAAGCUGACCUGCAGGAGCGUCUCAAAAGCUUGACAGCCUCUCUAAAGAACUUCGAUCAGAGGGCCAAGGAUGCGCGAGCAGAAACAGAGCGAGUGAGGAAGGAGGCGGCUGCGGCGGCAGCAGAGAGAAUGAAGGAGCUUCUGACGAAGAAGAGCAAGCCGUGUCAACUAGAUCGCCUCACGCAGGAUCUCAUGCUCAAAGUCUGCCUGCUGCUGCGAGGAAGAUCGCUGUACAACGUCUUCGUGUCGAGCAAGAGAUUCGAGUUCGUGCAGAAGGACGAGGAGUUCUGGCGGACACUGCUGGCAAGGGAGCAGGAGGAGGAGGUGUCAGCGAGCAUGCCGCUCAAGGAAAUCAGAGAACUCUUCGUUGACAACACGCUGCGGUGGAACCGGAUCGUCGAAACGUUCCGCUGGCUAACGAGCAAGGGCUGCCCCUGCGACGUCAACGGGACGCAGGCUGGCCCGUGGUCGAAGAGGACGAUAGCUGUAGUUCUCCAGGACAGCAUCAAGUUUUCGAUGCCUCCUGCUCCGUCAUGGCGGAAGGCGUGUAUCCUAGCGGACAUUCGCUGUAUCUGCUCGCUGCUCUCCAGCUCCAACGAGAACAUACAGGAGCUGGCGGCGUCUGCGAUCGGGAACGUGAUGGCUAGCAGAGCUCUCGUGAACGCCUGGAUCGAGGACUCUGCUCGUGUCGUGCGAGGGUGUGAAGCUUCGUUGCUGAAUGCCCCCUUCCGACAUGGCCGAGCGUCGGACGUGCAGGACAAGAAGUAUGUUGAGUGGAUCUGCUGUGAGUUCACACCCAGAUGCGAAUAUCUGACGAGCAUGAAGAUCGGAACGUUCAAGAUCGCAGAGGCGACGCUGAACAGAUCGCUGCAGUGGAUGAGCGGGACCUGUCUAGAUGAAGACGAAGGGAGAGAGGAGGAGAAAUUCAACGACUCUGCUCGGACUGAUUUCAUCAAGCUUGCAGGGCACAGCACCCCCCAGGAACUCCCUUCGCUCAUCUCGCGCUACGGGGACUCGUUCACAGCUACCAGCAAGCGGAUGCCGGUGGGGGAGCUGGUGGACAGAGUUGCCGGGUUCCAGUGCCGGUACGCUAGUGGGAAGGAGAGCGGGAAGAUACUCGGCGUGCAGACCGGGACGGAGCAUGAGCAGGAGCAGGAGCAGGAGCAGGAGCAGGAGCAGGAGCAGGAGCAGGAAACAGCUGAGAUGAGGGGAGGGCAUGGAGACGAUCACGUUCGGUUGCUCGCGUUUGCCGAUGAGUUGGGGCUGUGGGGCAUCUGGGAGAGAGGAAGGUAUCAGUACCAGCAUAAGAUGGGGUCAUGCACUCGAGGAGUCUUCAGAAUGUGGCAGGCAACUCGAUGA